UGCUAAUACGCAACGCAUCGUGUGUCAAACGGCAUUCCUUACUUCACCCACCGCAACACCCAAAAACCAAAACCCAACGACACUCAUAUGAAGCAUCCCCAUGGUUCAUACUUCAAACUUUAUCAUCGAAAAGUUAAACCCUUUAUCUCCUCUUCGUCAAUUCAAUUGCUCACUUAUUUCUUUGAUUGAAACUAAGACAAGGGUGUCAAAAAGAACUUGAUCAUUUUCACAGAAGGAGGAAACGUUCUCUGCUUUCUCCGUGACCCAUUUGAUUCUCUGCUUCAGCUUUUCAUUUCAUCAAGUAAAGGCAAAAAAUAAGAAAAGGAUGGCUAUGAUGGCAUACCAACUUUCUCGGUUACCUUACCAAGAUUCCCUCAAAUUACUCGAAGCUGAUAUACAACACGCCAAUGCUUUGGCUGCUGCAAUUCCCACAACAAAGGGUGGGUCUCUUCUUCAGAUGAAAUUGGUUUGCAAUCAAUUGGCUCCUCUUUUUCUAUUGUUUCUGCAAUGGAUAGAUUGUUCUUGUUCAGGGUUUCUGCAUAGGUAUCUUGACCUCUUCCACAUAGUUAUAUACAAGGUAAACAGUGAUGGUCGAUCAAUAAUGUCCACUCAUAGAAGAAAGGCAACCAUUGGGGACUUUUAUGCCGUUAUAUUGCCAUCUCUCCAGCGGCUUCUUGGUAGCUUUGAUAAGUCUGAGCUUUCUGAUCAAGGGCCAUCAAGCAUAGAAGGUUCAAGAUAUGGCAAAAAGGUGAUUGAAGGAGAUGAGAAACUAACCAAUGUUGAUUUGCAAAGGGAAGAUGAAUGUGGGAUUUGCUUAGAGCCUUGCACCAAAAUUGUGCUGCCUUAUUGCUGUCAUGCCAUGUGUAUAAAAUGCUACUGCAAGUGGAACAGAAAGUCAGAGUCUUGCCCUUUUUGCCGCAGUAGCUUGAGGAGGGUUAAGUCGGAGGAUCUAUGGGUACUAACUUGUAAUGAAGAUGUUGUUGAUGCUGAAACAGUUUCUAGGGAGGACCUGUUGCAUUUUUACCUCUAUAUCAACAAGCUUCCUAAAGACCACCCAGAUGCUCUUUUUCUAAUGUAUUAUGAGUACCUGAUUUAAGUUUUUACAUAAUAAGAAGAAAAAAAAUUGUACAGGUAGGAAAGUACUCCAGACCCACAAUUGUAAAUAGAGUCUAGUAAGGAAAAAAAAUACUCUGGUCAUAUCUCUAGUAAGAGAUGUUCCUGGAUUUUUAGCCCUGAAGAACCAUGUUCUUACUACUCCAAUGAGUAUGAUAUACCUCCUACUGCUCUCAGAAUUAAUUUGAAAUUCCUUGUUUGAAUAGCUAAA